UGAAGCCAUUGAUAAGCUUUCUUAUCAUUUGUAGAUUUGAGGAUGGUCUAUUUUGGGGGGGCAAGGUUGAUGACUUACAUUAGUCUUGGGUAAUAGAGUAGAUAGCUGCAGAUUCACAAUAUUAAAUUGGAUAACAAGAUUAGUAGUUUAAAAUGGAAGAGGACAAAGAAGAAGUCAAGUCAUUCAAAGAUUUGGGAGUAUGUGACCAAUUGAUAGAGGCUUGUGAUAAUCUAGGCUGGAAACACCCAUCCAAGAUACAGGCUGAAGCUAUUCCUCAUGCACUGGAAGGAAAGGACUUGAUUGGGCUUGCACAAACAGGAUCUGGUAAAACUGGAGCUUUUGCACUCCCCAUUCUCCAAGCCCUUUUGGAAACUCCUCAAGCAUUUUUUGCUUGUGUGCUCUCCCCAACACGGGAACUUGCAAUCCAGAUUGCUGAACAGUUUGAAGCUUUAGGAUCUGGCAUCGGUGUAAAGUGUGCUGUGCUUGUUGGAGGGGUUGACAAUGUGCAACAAAGUAUUGCCCUUGGGAAGCGACCACACAUCGUUGUUGCAACUCCUGGUCGUCUUUUGGAUCAUCUAUCCAACACUAAAGGUUUUUCUCUUCGGACAUUAAAAUACUUGGUAUUGGAUGAAGCAGAUAGGUUGCUAAAUGAGGAUUUUGAGAAAGCAAUUGAUGAACUUUUGAGUGUUAUUCCUCGCGAACGAAAUACAUAUUUAUAUUCUGCUACUAUGACAAAAAAGGUAAGGAAGCUCCAGAGGGCUUGCCUGAGGAAUCCUGUGAAGAUUGAGGCUGCAUCUAAAUAUUCCACUGUUGAUUCACUGAAGCAGCAGUAUCUCUUUGUCCCUGCGAAGCACAAGAAUUGCUAUCUUGUAUAUAUUCUGACUGAGAAAUCUGGAAGUACGUCAAUGGUUUUUACUCGAACAUGUGAUUCGACAGGCCUUUUGGCUCAAAUGCUUCGAAACCUUGGUUUAAGGGCCAUCCCUAUUAGUGGUCAUAUGACCCAGGCGAAAAGACUUGGAGCCUUAAACAAGUUCAAGGCUGGAGAGUGUAAUAUCCUUGUCUGCACUGAUGUCGCCAGUAGAGGACUUGAUAUUCCAUCUGUGGAUAUGGUCAUCAAUUAUGAUAUCCCGUCAAACUCGAAGGAUUACAUACAUCGAGUGGGAAGAACCGCUCGGGCAGGACGAUCUGGGGUUGCAAUCUCGAUAGUUAGUCAGUAUGAGUUGGAGUGGUAUAUACAGAUAGAGAAGCUUAUUGGUAAGAAGUUACCCAUGUUUCCAGCCCAAGAAGAAGAAGUUCUGCUGUUGUUGGAGCGCGUCACAGAGGCCAAAAGAAUAGCGGAUAUGAAAAUUAAAGAAGCUGGUGGCAAGAAGAAAAGAAGAGGGGGAGAAGAUGAUGAAGUGGAAGGAAUUGAAAGAUAUUCACAUGGGAAGUCAUCCAAGAAGUCAAAGAAAAGAUGAUGGAAGAGAUUCUCUCUGCAAAUUUUGUUUAAUUUUGAAUAUUCUAGUGUUUUAUUCAUCUAUGGAUGUACUUUGUGUUAAUUUAUUGAUGUAGGAGAUGGAGGCAAUUUGUGAUACAUUGGGUUGGGGAGAUGUGGCAUUUAUGUGGGAAUCUUCAUUUAAGAAAUAGGUUAAAUUAUAUUUUGCACCCCUAAAAUAUUACAUGUUUUCAAUAUGCUCCUUAAACUAUUGAAUUUGUGU